CUUGAGUCUCCAAGGCGCGUCAUCAUUCCUCCCUCUCUCUCCUCUUCUGCCGCUUCUGUUGUGCGUUUCUUUUUUCUUUUUUCUUUUUUUUUCUACGCGGCUGUGAUAUUGAUCGCCUCGCCUUUGUGUUGUCUCUCCGAGGCGGCCGUUUCCUCGCUGACUUGGCCGCAUUUCCAUGUGUUUGCUGUCGCCUGCUGCUGCCUCCACUAACCCAUGUCCUCGCGCAUCCCGCCUCCAGCCCGCGCCCCCGCUCCCGCUCCGUGGUGCCCAUCUAAAUGUCCACUCCGCCCGUAGACACACUCUCAGCCGUGGAAAGCGGCCCCCAGUCCCACUAUUUCCAGCUGCCCAGGAAGUUGCCUAAACGUAAGAGCCGCUUCAAACGCUCGGAUGGAAGUACGUCCUCGGACACUACGUCAAGUUUUAUCAAGCGGCAGGGGUCGGCUGAUUCCUACACCAGUAGACCGUCGGAUUCCGACCUGUCAGCAGAGGAGGACCGCGAGGCGUAUCGGCGUGAAGCCGAGCGCCAGGCACAACUUCAGCUCGACAGGGCUAAGUCCAAACCUGUAGCGUUUGCAGUAAAGACGAAUGUGAGUUACUGUGGAGCUCUGGAUGAGGACUGUCCCGUCCAAGGAGCUGCGGUCAACUUUGAUGCCAAAGACUUCCUGCACAUCAAAGAAAAGUACAAUAAUGACUGGUGGAUCGGUCGGCUGGUCAAAGAGGGAGCAGACAUCUCCUUCAUCCCUAGCCCGCUAAGGCUGGAGGCAAUGAGACUCAAACAGGAGCAGAAACAGAGGAAAACUGGGGGCAACUCCUCCAGUUUAGGAGACAUGGUGACUGCUAGCUGGAGGACCACACCGCCAUCUGCAGGGGAAUCUAAACAGAAGCAAAAACAGGAACAUGUCCCACCGUACGACGUGGUGCCCUCCAUGAGACCAGUGGUCCUUGUGGGACCAUCACUGAAGGGCUAUGAGGUGACAGAUAUGAUGCAGAAAGCCCUUUUUGACUUCCUGAAACACAGAUUUGAGGGAAGAAUCUCAAUCACCCGCGUCACUGCCGACCUGUCCCUAGCCAAGAGAUCAGUCCUCAACAAAAGGCCAAUAAUGGAAAGGUCCAACACUCGCUCCAGUUUGGCGGAGGUUCAAAGCGAAAUCGAAAGGAUAUUUGAACUCGCCAAAACCCUGCAGCUGGUGAUUCUGGACGCGGAUACCAUCAACCAUCCGGCUCAGCUAACCAAAACCUCCCUCGCGCCCAUCAUUGUCUAUGUUAAAGUCUCCUCACCGAAGGUGCUCCAGAGGCUGAUCAAGUCCAGGGGGAAGUCUCAGAGCAAGCACCUGAAUGUUCAGAUGAUGGCUGCAGACAAACUCUCUCAGUGCCCCCCUGAUUUGUUUGAUGUCAUUUUGGAUGAAAACCAGCUGGAGGACGCUUGUGAGCAUUUGGCUGAAUACAUGGAAGUCUACUGGCGGGCCACUCACCUCCCGGGGACCACUCCUCUUAAUCCCCUUUUAGAGCAGACGCUCAUGACUCCGCCCUCCGCCAUCUCCAGCCUCCAGAACAAGAAUCAGCCUCAACCUAGUGAGGCAGUGGGCUUGGAGGCUGAGGAAGAGGAGGAGGAAGAAGAAGAAGAAGAGGAGGCAGGUGAGGAGGCCCUCUCCCCCUUGGAGCAGGACAGUCUCAUGCCAUCAGAUGAGGCCAGCGACUCGCUGUCUCACGGAGGCCAGAGAGGGAGCCCGUGUCACAGGGGGGGCGAAGAAGAAGAUGAAGAAGAAGAAGAAGAGGAGGAGUACGGCUCUCCGUGUCGCGGCCGCACGUACAGGGGCACGUACCCCGCCCACCGGGGGCACACGGGCACCCGUAACGCCAAUAGCCACGAGUCACAGGACAGGCUGCUGCAGAGCGAAGCCCAGCAAGGUCACAACCUGAGGAACAACCGCCAGCGCAGUCGCCCUUGGCCUCGGGACACCUACUGAGGAAGUCCGCAGGUCUAUUUUUAGAUCGUCAACAGGGCUACGCAACUCUGCAAAUGGAACGUCUUUCAGGCAAACGUGCGAGGAAACGUAGGAUGUCUCCAUAUUUUACCGGCCUUAAGACAAAAAAAAAAACUUUACUGUUUGCAUGUGUGACAUAAUUUGAAGACUAUUUGCACAUCGAUACCAGAACAGGAAGUGAAUGAUCUUUACGGAUAAACUAAUGUAGGAAUGUUUACUCUUGAUGGGAGAUACAGUACGAAUGCUUUUGCUGAUAAUGUAAAUAUUAACUCGGCAUCUAGUCUUAUGAGUUAUUGUUAUUGAUUCGUUUGGUUGUUUCUUCUGCAAAAUGUUUGCCGUUAGUUUGAGAUGCCGCCACCCACGUUUUUGUUUUUUUUUUUCUUAAAAAGUGUGAACAUCGUGCGGUACAUUGUCUUCUUUCUGCUGUCGCACAAUCAACACGCGCUAACGAUGGGCGAAGAGAAUGUAAACAAACACCCCUCCCUAACUCAUGAAGCACACGCUGCUUGGUGGCGGCCUCAGAGAAUGUAAAGCUCGCAUGCCUUUUUGGGGCGUCACACCCAUUUGUAGCACAUUAUUUGAUUGUAGCACAUCUAUUUCGAGUAAUCAUUGCACCCACUUUGUGUACUGCAGUAUUUUAAUUUAUUUAUUUAUUUUUUUAAAUUAAAACACAGCCGACCCUCAGGUGUCCCAUGUGACAAAAGGUGUGUGGCGAAGGAUUCUCGCAGCUGUAGCAAACCACCAAAUGACGUGACCUCAUUUCAUACAGGGUCCAUACCAGCUGGCUUUAGCAAUGACUGGGUUACCGCUUCCAUGCCGCAUAUGUAUCUAAUAUAUAUUUUCAAGAAAAAAAAAAAAAUUAGCAUGAUCAAAAAAAAAAAAUUCUAUGCAAGUUGUGCAUGCAUUCUGAUUCUUUUUAAAGUUGAGUAUUUUUUUUUUUGUAAUAUGCAUCGUUUUGCCCGUUGUCUUGCAGUGAUAAGUCGUCGUCGUCGGGGCGCUCUACUUCACCACUUUACCACUAACAGCACUCUUACUCUCUACCAGCAGUUAAAAGUUAAGCUGGAUACUUUUUUUUUUUUGACGCACUUUGAAACUCACUGAAAAUACUCCCCAGAUCAGAUGGAACGAAUGAUGUCCUACUCCUGCAUGUCUUAGUUCUACAAUUUAGCUUUUAUUCUAUUUUGCCGGAGUAUGUUUAUUUUUAUUUUUUUUUUCCAAGUGGACCAAUUAUUAAACAACUGAUGAAGCAGUUGAAGUUGAUUUCCAAUUUAUGAAGCACAAUUUUUACAAGGUUAUCAUUUAGUUCCUGUGUGUUAUUCUGUAUGCAAUACUAAGCCUAACAUUGAAAAAUGAAAACGCCUUACACCAUCUGGACUUCCUCGUUAGUGUGCGUAGAAAAAAUAAUAAUAUAUAGAUACUAUAUAUAUAUAUAUAUAUAUAUUGCACUAAUGUGUUUUUUGGGGAUGGUUGCUUUGUAAUGCAAUAACUGCACUAAAUCUAACCCUGUAUCCACCAGACAGCGUGCUAGCGUGACAACACGCCUCUUCCCGCUCUUUAAGUACAAAAGGUGUACAAAGUGAGACAUUUCCUGCCUGAUGCUGUAAAGGAUGCUUUCUAUUUGAAAAAUAAGAUUUACACAGCGGCUAAGAAAAAUUAUGACUUCAAUAAAAAUAAACA